CAUUAAUUACUUUGUGGUUUUAUUGAUGCCUUCAGCAGUUUUCAAUUGCUACUUGACUCACAGUUGUACUUCUCGAACCAACUUCUUUUCUAGAUUUUUUUUCAAUUAUAACUGAUUUUUUAAAUGUUUUACAAUGCCAAGGGAUAUAUUUGAUGAAAAUAAAGCGGGCUUGGAGAAUUUCCAAAGGAGCCUUCGUUCUGUCGCAAAAGAUAUUGCAGACGUGUCAGACAUACUUAUGUCUAUGGAUAAACGCUUGGGUGUAUUAGAAGAAUCCACAAGCGUAAUCCGCGGAGAUGUUACGAAUUAUAAUCGUGUAUCAAGCAACAUUUAUGACACUUUAAAAGAAAUGGAGGUUCUACAAGUCAUUCACUCUAAUCUUCCCAAGAUUAAAGCAGAGUUAGAUACUUUGGAUAAAAUGGAUAUACCUGUUACAGAGAAAAUUAAGGUUGUGAUGAGAAUGCUAAGAGUUCUUGCUCGGUAUUAUAUAAGCUUGCAGUCGAGUCCGCUUCAUUUUUCGGCGAAAACGCAGCGUAAGGCCGAGAUUGGGCUAAGUGAAACAUGUAGCCGACUUUCUAGUUUGUGUCAGAAGAUUCUGCAAACUCAUGCUGCAUCUUCAUUGAAAAAGGCAGCGACCAUAUUAGAUUUAGACCAAACAUGGUCUUUUCCUACAGAAACUCUACAGCAGUUUAUGGGGUUAAUCCAACAGUUCGAUAAUGAAGUUUUGUAUCCUAUUUCCUAUUCCUCAGAUAUCAGCUCUAACUACGUCAAAAUCAAAAGUGAGUGUUUGGUCCAGUUACUAAGAUCACUAUCUUCACAGACUGAUGCAGGGCAAUUGAAUGAAGCUUCAAAAGAAUUUAUUCAAGGAAAAGAAGAAGUUGCUAUUUAUUUGGUUGCUUUAGCAAGAAUUCUUUCUGCCACUGCUACAGAGCUACUCCAUUUAUAUGACGCAGAAACAUCACAAGCCUUGUACCAGCGAAUUGGAAAGAAUGUGAUUUCAACUGUAACAAACAUAAUACACCAACGGGAAGCUGUUUAUGAGAAACAAUCUGCUCUUGAUAAUCAUGUUUUAUUUCCAUUGAUACACUGUGUAAAGGUUACCGAGGAUUACAUGCAAAUGAAUAUGCCUUUUGAAGAUGUUGCCUUAGUAGGCCUAGUUUCAGGUGUUGGAAAGGAAGCAGAAAAAAUUAUUAUAGCUUCCUUAUCGAGUCUGUACAAUGGCUAUUGUAACAGUUCCAAGCCUAUAGUACUCAGUACCAAUGGUGUUAGUGAUAUUACUCAAGGAAUUAUACUGUUUUUGUCAAAUUUCUGUCAAUAUAAGGACUCAUUUUAUUUAAUCGAAAGUAUCGGUGAUUGGGGUUGGCGACAUGAACUGUCACCGGAUUUAAAACCAUCUUCAACAACACGAGAAUUGGUUCAAAAUUAUGUUAUGGAUUGUCUCUUAUCUCAUCUGAAUUCCGUGGAGGAGAGUGCGCAAACCGUAGAUACAAUUAAUUGGAAAAAGGGUGUAAUUCUCUUGAACAUUAGUGUUUAUUUUGAGUCUGCAUGUGUUGAUUCCGAGAUUGCAACCUAUUUGGAUGAAGAACAUUUUAACAACUUUUCGGAAUUAUCACAGAAAUACUCCAGUAUGUAUAUGGAAAUUUGGCGCCAUUGUUCACAAAACAUGUUGGACGCUACUUAUACGAAAGCGAAAGAAAAACCAAACAUGUCUACGAAAGAUAGAGAGGCAACAAAGGAAAAGUUCCGAAAUUUCAAUGAACAGAUCACCAGUAUAGUUGAGAACCACAAAGACUCAGUACGGUUUGAACCUACAGUUGCCAGUUUCUUGUUGCAAGAAGUGCGGAAAACGGUUUUGCCUCUAUAUCAAAGAUUUUAUGAUAAAUAUAUUACGAGUGAUUUUACGAAAUAUAAAGAAAAAUAUAUACGAUUUACAAAAGCUCAGUUGGAUUCAUACAUUACGGAAGCAUUUAGCCCUUCGCUAUCUUGAUUCUUAAAUAAAGCUUCAUACAUGAUUUUAUAUACUUUAUGGAAACCAUUGCACGAAUGAAAUCAUCACUCAUUUCCUUUUACAAUCUAUAGCUCAAACUCGAUCAUUAAAUUCUCAUAUCAAUUGU